CACGAUGACUUUUUUUUAUCUAGAUACAAUUUUACUUGUCAUUAAUGCUAAACAAGGUUACGUAUUUCAUGUCUAUGAUAUUGAUUGAUUUCUAAUCUUUUGCACACCUCACAUCGGUAGCAUACAAGAGAAUACUACGACGACUCAAAUAGUGACCUCGCAUAAGAGAGAGUUAACAAAUACUACCGAAGGGUUAGCAGCCAGAGCGAGGAUGAAAAGCCACCCUAAAUUUUGAACAGUAAACUUCCAAGUUAAAAUUGCUAAACCAAACCUUUGUUCGUUGUAGGAUUUCCCAUAGGAAAAAUGAAAAAUUUAUAGCUCGAACUACAAAGUAAGUGAUUAUGUAGUCUCGUCUUUGAAGAAAACUUGUUUACUUGCUUCCCUGCAAUGCAAGUAAAAAAUAUUGGGAACGAGCUUGCUAAUAGUUGUGGUGGAGAACGAUUCUGGACCAGGUCUUGCUAGCUCUGGACCAAAGAAAGGGCCUUUGAGCCCACUUAUCAUCAUCAAGCCCACUUUCAAGAUGCCUCAGCAAGUUUUUGUAAACAGCUCCGCACUCAAAUAACGUUCGGCCCAUGACAAUCGUCCCAUGCUAACCAGAUCAAUGAAUCCUUUAGUUCUGUAGUUUCAACGGCAGGAAGACAGCUCGCUUUGUUUGAGAUAGUCGAUUUGAAUUUCACGAAUUUCUGAAUAUGUGUAUUCCGCUAAUCUUUCAUAGAAUUCGUGCCGACGGCGAGUGCUUUUUUGUAGGGAACAUGUGGUGUUAGUACUUAGUAGUGGACCUAUCGUGAAGUAUUUUCACGCAAGGAAAUGAUGCUCUACCAAAAGAAGAAAACAUGGGGAAUUUGAGUUCAUAGAAUUCUAUUCUCAGUCAUAUUCAAGGGAACCCACCUUCAACACACACUAGCACUAAGGUCUUAGAGAGAAUAUAUUGAAGUAGAUCCAACUAGAUGUGUUGUGGACCGAGUGGAAGGUUUGUCACCAUAUCCUUUGAGAGUUCAAAAGUUCGAAACCGACAACCAAUAACAAAGUCACAAAGACAUCAACAAUCAAGUGUGUUGCGGUAUGUAAAGGAUUAGAGGGCCAUCUUUACAUGGCGGCUUUGGUCUUAAAUCCAAUUCUUGGAGAACUUUUUCCAAAGGAUUUAGACCCGAAAAUCUUUCUUAGAUUUUAGUACGCGUCUUGAAAUCAAUCUUAAACAAUGCAGAUAUGUUGAGUUUUCAUGAUCAAGGAGCCUACUAUGAAGAAACUUCUUUCCUUCGUAGCCAGCUAGCAACUCCCAAAGUUGUGAACUUGAAAUCGUCGAAAUAAUCUUGAUGUAUGUGCCAAAAUUAGGAGCAAAAUGUACCCGAAUGUCCAGAUUCAAAUGUACCCGAAUGAUCACAAUGUAAAAGUUCAGGAGCCAAUCUAGUAAAGAAAAAUAGAAGUAGGGCAGAAAACAAAACUUUUCCACAAGGCCUAAACUCCGAGGGAAUAUCCAACGGCCAGGAUCAAAGCGCAUGAGGAUUUCAUUAACCGUGGUAAAGUCGGAGAGAGUUGGGGUAACCUAAAUCCUAUAAAAGAGGAAUUUGGCUUUACAAGCAAGAGAAAAGUCGCCGUCUUCUCCCUCAAAUCCCUCCAAAUCCUCGCCGUUACACCGAGAGAGAAAUCCGUCGAGCAACUAUGUCGGACGAGGAGCACCAGUUCGAAUCCAAGGCUGAUGCCGGUGCAUCCAAGACCUAUCCUCAACAAGCGGGUACUAUUCGCAAGAAUGGGUACAUCGUUAUCAAGAACCGCCCUUGCAAGGUUGUUGAGGUUUCCACCUCAAAGACUGGCAAGCAUGGCCACGCUAAGUGUCACUUUGUAGCCAUUGAUAUCUUCAAUGGCAAGAAGCUCGAGGAUAUUGUUCCUUCAUCCCACAAUUGUGAUGUUCCACAUGUCAACCGUACUGAUUAUCAGCUCAUCGACAUCUCUGAAGAUGGCUUUGUGAGUCUUCUGACUGAAAAUGGAAACACCAAAGAUGAUCUGAGGCUUCCCACUGAUGAGGCUCUGCUUGCUCAGAUUAAAGAUGGGUUUGCAGAAGGUAAGGAUCUCGUGGUGUCGGUCAUGUCAGCAAUGGGAGAGGAACAGAUCAAUGGUCUCAAGGACAUUGGCAAGAACUAGAGGAAGAAGAUGAUGCUGUAGCAUUUUAGCUAUAGUUGAUUGCAAAACGACUGUUUUUUUAUGGGAGCUAACGAUGAUUCUUAUCUCUACUAUGAAUGUCUCUGAACUAGAACUUCCUUUUUUUUUAUCAAGAAUGUGUUGGUUGUGGUGUUUUCCCAAAAAUUGCUCAUAAUGUUUGUUCUUGAAGUUGUUAGAAAGAAAAGCCAGGUCAAGCAGCUGCCGCUUGAUUUCCUGAUGGCAGUGCUGCUCCCUAUUACUGGCUGUAGAAGGGGAAAACAUAGACGAAUGCUUUCUAUUUCAUGUCCUUCUGUUCUUUGCUUUGAGAAGAAUGGUUUAAAUCAGUACGUCGCGUUAUCCUGUGUUUGAUGAUCUGUUCUUAAGUUGGAUGUGUUCAUAUAUGUACAUGGUUUGCCUAGCCAUUUUAGGACUAAGUAGAGGCCUAAUCGUUCGUGAUUGAGCCUUUACUCUUUAGGUCCCGUAUGCCCCCUCGCUCUCAUGCUGAUGGUAAAUGUUAGUUCUGUACUUUGCUGCAAUACGGAACAGAUAAGUUGCAACAAAUCGGUAAGGACUGG